AUGCUCCAGCGGCCGCCACAACACAAAUCCCCUAUAUCAUCGGAGGAACUCCAGAGUGAGGCCAAAGCCAAGCCGCAGAGACAGAAGGCGGAGGCAGCACCGGCCUCUCGGAUAACAAUGUCUUUAACCGAGGACGCAUCGGACUCCACUCCGACCACAAAGGGAGAUCUGAAAAUUCUUCUAACCAAUAUCCAUAAACUGCUGGAGGCUGACUCUGCAAAGCUAAAACUGAGCUAA